AUGGAAACUGAAAUUACUGACAAUUCUAUUUCAAUUAUUGAAUUAAUUACAAUAAUUGUCCAAUGUUUGUUAUGUUCUAUUGGAUUAUUAAGUAAUAGUUUGCUUGCUCUAACUAUAUUUAGAAGCCCUAAAUUAAAAGUUGGUUGUUGUGGAAUUCUUUUAUUAAUAUUAGCAUUAACUGAAUGUGUUGCCCAGUGUAGUGUUCUUUUUCUUCCAACAUUUUUGACACUUACUCGCAUUCAAAUACCGCUAAUUAUUUGUUUCUAUGCUGAAUUUUAUGGACCUUAUUCUCAGGCUUUAAUACCUAUUAUUUCUCUUCUAAUUAGCAUUGAUCGUUUAAUUAGUAUUUUACUACCAAUUCGUUAUAAAAUGAUGUCAAACAAUGAAAAACAAAUUUAUAUUACUUUUCUUAUUCUUUUACCAGCUAUUAUUCUACUUUAUCUUCCAUUUGAAAUGCACAAUUUUACUUUAAAAAAUUUUAAUAAGCAAGUAUUUUGUAUGCCUACAGACUUUAUCGACUCUUCUAUGGUUUUAUUAAUGAGUACAAUAAUUUUAUUAAGUAAUUUGGGUGUAUUGUUUAUUUAUACAAUUAUUGGUUUAUUAAUUAAAUUUAAUGUAAUAAAAUUAUCGAAUGAUAACACAGAAAGAAAACUUUACAAAUCUUUAAUUGUUUUAAUGGCAAUUUCCUUAACUUGUUGGUUGCCUACACCAAUAAUAAACUUUUUUGUUGUACUUAAUACACAAUUAUCCCAAAAUACACAACAUUUACUUAUUCGAAUAGCUCUUCAAUUAAAUAAAAUAGCACAAACAUUAAAUGCUCCUGUUCUUUAUAUUUGCAGUUCUGAUUAUCAAAAAGAAAUGAAAAAAGAAUUUUGUCGUUUAGUUAAUUUUUUAAAGAAAAAUAAUUCACAAAAAGAAUCAGUAAUAGGAGGAGGAGGUAAUAGCAACCCUACUAAACAAAAUAACAACAUACAAACACCUGUGAUUUUAAUUAAUAAUUUUGUUUAUCCAAAAUAA